AUGGCUCGGCAAGGCAACACCAGAAACACCCACAGCCCUGUUGACAGCGAGGUCACCCUCGACAUCUUACCUACGACGAGGCCAGAACAGCCGCCAUUGGAAUGGGAACCCUGUGCGCCGCUGAGGGUCUCGCCGCGUGUUGCUGAGUUGGUUGAGCCUUUCUCAUUUGUUAUCGCGGCUGCUGUUUACAGUUGGUUAAUGGUUGCGGGAGUGAAGCUUCCCGACCAACUCCUGUUGUCGACCGCCACCAUACCCGGCUUCGUGCUGCUCGGCUUCGCCGUAGUGCUAUCACCUUUACUCUUUCUUCAUCUUUACAUCAAAUACGGACGUAAAGCCAUUGGAAACCGCCAUGUGGUUGGGGUCAAGAAACCCGUGACAAUCAUCAACCCAGGGCUGGAAAAGGCAUCCAACGCUGUCAUCCGGUUGGGCCUCUCCGCAGCGGCAACCCUGUGCGCUGGCUAUGGGAGAAGUAUCCUCACCGCAGUCUUGGCAUCGCUCUUCGCUCUCGCUGUGCUUCGCUGGUAUUUCAUCGACAUUCGCGAAGCAAUCCCAGGCAACAAAGCCAACGGCCGCUGGCAAAAGCCCAUUCGUGCGAUCAACGUCGAGACCGGGCGGAUCGAGCUCCUCAAGUGUGGCGCAAGCACAUCCUAUGCGGCGCUUCCAUCUGCCGCACUGACCAACGCUGAACGCAAUGGGGCGCACACUCACAUGCAAUGCGCCUGCGGCGAUGGAAAGCAGCGAAAGGGGGAGACUGGGUGCAUCUUUUCCGAGGACUUUGGGGUUGCUGCACCAUUGGUGUGCAUCGCCCGCGGCGAAGCCCGCGUCCUCAAAUGCAAGUACCUGUACAUCCCGCGGCUGGAUAACGAAGUCAAAUCCGUCGGCAACCCAGCCAAGCGAAGACACGCCGAGCGAAAGACUCUCAUAGACUCAACCCGCGCUCUCCGCUUCAAAAACGCUCGUGCUGUUAUCAUCCCCAUCCUAGGGUGCCCUGCAAUCGUUUCCGCCCUGAGAACGUCCCUCUCAGCACGCAAGCGGCCCUGGUAUCGCAGGCUUCAUCGGCCUUGGUUUCGCAUUUCGGUUCAUAACACCGUUGAACACAAUGUUGUCGCGGGCACUGGAACUGUUACCCCCACCUGCGACUCGAUCGAGGCGUGUUGGGAGAACAUCAAGUCGGAAAUUGACAUGCAAUUCUCAGACAGCUUCUCUCUGCAAGAGCUCAUGUACCCGAAGGUGAACGUUGUCGUUUUCGGCGGUGGUCACCAACGAGGGCAACUGCCUUUGAACCAAACCUCAACGUCGGCCGGCUAUUGCGAUUGGAUUGACGGCUUGCAUUCCCGCCAGAAGGGAUGGAGAUCUGCAUGCGCCGGAACCCUCUAUACAGAGCUUGUGCGUCGCAACAUGAACGAUCGCAGCACCAACGAGCGUGCUGGGCGACGAUUCUGUCUUCAAGAACUGGCAGAUAUCUACGCAACGCGCGCCGGGUGGAUCGAUCUACCCCCGGGCGAUGACAAGGAGGCGUUCCGCCGGCUGCUGCAGGCGUUUUCCACCACGGGAGACACCACUCUACUCGUUGUUCCGGCUGCACAACUCCCAGAAGGGCUAGGAGCGCUGGCCUUGGACCCUCACACCGAUCUACUCGCUGGCCAUCCCCUGAACGUAUCCUACGGCUGCAUCUUGAAGCCCUACCCGGAGUUUGAUACCCAGGGCCAGCGAGUGUUGAUACUGGUGACGUCUGCCAACCCCCUUCUCCCGGGCGACGACCCAGAGAACCCGAACCCCGGACUGAUGCAGCACAAUGUCUGUGGGCACGGCAUACUGCACCCAGCAGGAGUCAUUAACAACAGUGAUGCGCGGUGGUACAUCUCGCCGACGUUCAUCGGUGAUCUGGGAUAUGUGGCUUUUCAGAUGAUGACCGAAGAGGGUGGACAAAGGGAUGCAAGGCUCGCGCCAGAUCUUUCCAAGCUCACGUUUGGAGGUGUUGUCGAUGUCAAGCUCGAUGUCAAGGAGGAGACCAAUGAACUUGUGUGCAAUGCCAAGGAGCUGACAUUCACCGCAGCGUCGGUGACCUCAGCCGAUAUCACGUUAAUUGCCAGCUCAAUUACCGUGGACGAGAAGGCCGAAACCGUCACGUUCAAGUUCCCUUCUCCAAUCGAGGCGGGUUCGUCCGCGGUCCUCCAUGUGGAGUACUCAGGAAUUCAUAACGACAAAAUGGUCGGCUUCUUCCACACUAACUACACCGACGAAGCUGGUAACAAAAAGUUCUUGGUUGCCACUCAUUUGCAAGCGACGUACUGUAGACAAGUCCUACCCUGUUGGGAUGAGCCUAAUCUCAAAUCGACUUUCGAGGUCAUUCUGGUUGUUGAUGACCAUUUGACGGCUCUUUCAAACAUGCAUGUAAUCCGUGAGAUGAAGGUGGAAACGGGUGGCGCGACGAAGAAGGCCGUCUACUUUGCCACUACUCCGCUCAUGAGCACAUAUUUUCUUGCGUUCGCUGUCGGCGAGUUGGAGUACAUUGAAGGUACAGCGAACCCACCGGCACCCUCCGACGCCGUUCCGGUGCUCUGCCGUAUCUACGCGACCCCCGGUAACAAAGUUAAAUGUCACUUCAGUCUCGACGUCUGCGUCCGCACACUUGAGUUCUUCUCCGAGUACUUCGACAUCGCCUAUCCUUUACGAAAAAUGGAUUUCAUUGCCGUUCCGGGUCUCCCUGGUGCCAUGGAAAACUGGGGCCUGGUGACGUAUGGAGAAAUGGCGCUCUUUGUCGAUGAGACGCUGACGAGUAGUCGGAUGAAACAAAUGAUCACAUCGCUUAUUGGACACGAACUCGCACAUCAAUGGUUCGGAAACCUCACGACGAUGGACUGGUGGUCGGAUCUAUGGCUCAACGAGGGAUUUGCAACAUUUGCUGGGUGGACUGCGACCAACCAUCUCUUUCCUGAGUGGAAGGUCUGGAGCCAGUUCCUUGCUGACGACUAUGCAGCUGGGAAGAAUAUGGAUGCACUCGAAAGCAGUCAUCCUAUUGCGGUGGAAGUGAAUAGCCCCUCCGAGAUCUCAAGCGUUUUUGACGCCAUAACCUACUCCAAAGGGGCGUCCGUCGUGAGGAUGUUAGAUGCCUAUUUGGGUCCGGCCAUUUUCCGGAACGGCAUCCGCGAGUAUCUGAAGAAAUAUCAGAUGGCGAACGCCACAACGGCCGAACUGUGGUAUGCCUUAUUCGCCGCCUCUGGGUGCGAUGUCGCAUCUCUUAUGAAAGAAUGGACGUGCGACGUCGGGUAUCCGGUUGUACAAGUCGUGUCCGAAUCUGUUGAUACGGUGAAAGGAGAGCUAAGCUUGGAACUGGAACAGAGUCGUUUUCUGUCCUCCGGCCAUCCGGCGGGCAGCAUGAAGGAGGAUUCAAUUUGGUGGAUCCCGUUAUUGAUCACAACGCAUCUCGACUCCCGCGCGCCGACGCAAAACAUUCUCUCUGAAAGAAAGGCGACCGUCACCAUACCGUAUAGCCAGGGUGGCGACUCCUUCUGGAAGCUCAAUCAGGACUCCAUCGGGUUCUAUUGCGUGAACCUGACGGCGGAGCAACUUGCACGGCUCGCCACGGUCAUCCGAGAUUCGCCGGACUCUCUCACCGUCGAGGACAAAUGGGGAGUGUUGUCCGACGCUUUCGCCCUCGCACUUGCUGGGCAAGGGAGCACCGUCGGCGCCCUCGAGCUGCUGAAGAGCUUCGAAUUCGAGGAAGACUACACCGUUCUCAAGGAAGUGGCUUCUCGCAUCGAUGCCGUGUUGGGGGCAUGGGUCGAAGAGGCGGAUGAGGUCAUCAACGGCUUGAAGGCCAUCAAGGGGUCCAUAUUUUCGCCAAAGUUUGGCCCCCUCGGUAUGGACUAUCCCGCGGGGGAGGACCAUAUGAUUUCGAUGAAGCGGACCCUUGUCAUCGAAAGCGCCGCCCGUGCGGGUGAUGCGGAUGUCAUUUCGGCGUUGAGAGAUCGGUUCGAGCGGCUCGUUGCCGGCGACGAAUCUGCUCUGUCCCCGAAUCUUCGUCUUAUCGCUUUCGAGAUGGCCAUCUACCAUUCUUCAAACCCGGUCGAGGACUUUGAGUCUGUAUUGAAGAUUUUCCAAACGGCCCGAGCACCCGAUCAGCGAGCGUUCGCUCUUCGUGCCCUCGGAUGCACCGGCGAUGAACGUCUGGUGGAUCGACUUUUGAAUGAUAUCGUUCUGGAUGCAGACGUUGUGCAAGUGCACGAGGGGUACAUUCCCCUGGUGGCGCUCGCCAAUAAAAACCCCAACAGUCGAGUCGCUCGACGCAAGCUCUGGGAGUUUGGCACUACAAAGUGGGAUACCAUAUACGCCCGAUACAAGGAGAUCGUUCCAUUGCUUGCAGACAUGUUCGUCACCUGCUUCUCUGCGCAGGUGGGGGAGAAUGUCACCCACACGGUUCAAGACUGGAUCUCAGGGAAGGGCUUGGAUGGUGAUGCUCGCGAGAAGCGUGUGACGGAGGUGAACGCAAUCAAAAGACCCGUGGAACAAGCGCUGGAAAGCGUGCAGCACAAAACCGCCUGGGUGAAGAGAGACGGACCGAGUGUUGCUCGUUGGAUCAAAGCGCAGGCCGGCAGUAGUUGA